AUGACAUCCUCGGCCAUAUUCAAGGACAAAAUCCAUGCCGUGUUCGUCGCGGAAAUUGUGUUUUAUUCACUUGCGUUUCUUGUUACGUUGGCGUCUUUCGCAAGACGUGGGAAAAUGACUUCCAUCAAACUUUACCUGUUGCUUCUCAUAUCUUUGAAAUUAGCAGGCACUUCGCUGUCGCUUCGUGCCGCGGUUCAAAUUGUCAAUUCCGGUGAUGGAACCAUGUCCAAUGGUACCACGGUUCUGUUCAUCGUUGGAGGUGUACUAACGUCCGUCGCCAGUGCUCCACUCAUUCGCUGUACUCGGGUCUUACUUCCUUCACUUCCUAAGAAACAGCAUCCUGACCAACCGCUUUUGGAACGUUUACUCUCGAAUUUGCCCAGACUUACGCUUAUCGCGGCUAUUGCAACGUCUGCAGCUGGUUAUGGCCAAUUGAGCGGAAGCACUUCGACUGCUGAAAAAGGUAUCAAAAUUGUUCAAGCGUCCUCGAUUUUGUUUCUAGCCGGCUAUCUCAUGCUUUUGGCCGCAGGUUUAUUGGCUUUUAAAACGAGCCAUUCGGACUGGCCACCUAUUAAGCUAUACGGCGUUGCAAUUGCGUUUCCAUUCUUCAUUUUGCGUUUCAUUUACAUUAUAAUUUCUGCAUUUUCGCUUACCGGUAACUUGUUGGAAUAUCACAAAUUCAGUGUCCUUAACGGUGAUUGGAGACCUUAUUUGGGUAUGUUUGUUGUCAUGGAUUUCUGCAUUGUUAUCAUUUAUUUGGCUAUGGCUUAUAUUGCACCUCCUUCAGAUUCCAGAGAACCUAGCUCUGAAAAGAGAAAAUAUUUCAACCGAUAUGUAUGA